AUGUUUGAUGACUAUGUAUUCUUAGGAAAAGCAGAGGGUGAACAGAUUUUGCUGAAGGGUGAAGCAUUAACUGCAAUAAGGAGCAUCAUAUGCAGAUCCAUCCCUAAGGAAUUGAACAACAAAGCUGCCCUUUAUGCCCAUUUUGCUACGUUUGGCCAAGUGACUCGGAUCAUCCCUCUCCCCAGCAAGGACACAGCUUACAUACAUUUCUCAGCACAUGAGGAGGCAGCAAAAGCCAAGAAGAAGGGGAGUGUUAUCAGUGCCAAGUAUCCACCAGUGAAGAUCAUGUAUUCACUGACCAAGAGAGAUAAGGAACGGUUUGAUGUGGAAGCAUCUACAUCUCUGCCAGCCACAGGAGGGAGGCCACUUGUCGACUAUCGGAAUUCCAUCUUUUCUACAGAUCCGCAGAAGGAAGAUGAAGGACCAAAAACAGGGGUUGAUUCAGGAGGAGUAUUUGAUGAUCAUCAAAUGAUGGUGGGAGAUGAUGUCAACAAACUCAGGGAGGUCUUGAGUCGUUCUGCUCACUCACCCAAAGAGAAAUUCUUCAUCCUUGACACUCGUGAUCGCAUCAUCAGGCUCUGUCGUGUGAAAGAAAUGGAAUUAUCCAAGGCUGUGGCCUUGAAAGGGACAUGCCUGGACAUGUGUCCAGAGAAAGAGCGCUACCUUCGCAUAGACAGGAAGCGUGUCUCUCCCUUUGAACACCCUCCACCUUGGGUAUCCAGAGGAGGGGAAACAGAUGAGCGAUGCAUGGUAAAGGAAUACAGUCGAAGUAGUGCUGACCAAGAGGAACCUCUUCCUCAUGAAUUGAGACCUCCCCCAAUUUUAUCUCUCACCAUGGACUAUCUCCUUGCCAAUUUCAUGGAUCAAUUCAACCCUGAUAACCUAGGGGAUUGGUACUUCUUUCUCUGGGAUCGUACUCGCAGUAUCCGCAAGGACAUCACCCAGCAGCAAUUGUGUGACCUCACAAGUGUUGGGGUAAUGGAAAAAUGUGUCCGGUUUCACAUUUAUGCUUCCAUGGCUCUAUCUGGCCAGGAUAUGUUCGUUUUUGACCCCAAGAUUAAUAAUGAGAAUUUGACCAAAUCCCUGAAGACAUUGAAGGACAUGUAUUCUGAGCUGCACUUGAAAGGCAUCCUGUGUGCACGGGAGCCAGAGUUCCGGGGUUAUGACAUCCUCCUUAAUCUCCAUCAAGGAGACAUCUUCAGGCAGAUUCAGGAGUUGACAGAGAGCUUGAGGUCUACAGGAGAAGUUAAAUUUGCUAUCUCCAUUGCCUUGGCCUUCACCAGUCGCAACUAUGUGCGUUUCUUCAAGUUGGUGGCCAAGGCAUCCUACAUGAAUGCCUGUAUCCUCUUACGUUACUUCAAUCAAGUCAGGAGUCAUGCUUUGCGAACAGUUGUCCGAGCAUUCUGUCCUGGCUCCAAGGGUCAAGUUCAGUUGCCUGUAGAAGACAUCAGGACAUGGCUUGGCUUUGGAUCUCAUGAGGAGACUCAGGAAUUCUGUGAAUCUCAUGGCCUGUGUUCUGAUGAUCAUCAUGUCCUCUUGGAUCGUAGCCUGUUUGAAAUCCCUGCUGCCUUGCAAUUCUCCAGACAUAGCCUGGAUCUCAUUCAUGAGAAGUUGGAUUCCUCCUCAAUAGCCAAGGUAGUGAAUGGAGGGGAGAUGCCCAAAAAUCCCUUGGAGUGGCUGAAAAUACAUACAAGUUUCGGUGCAGAUGGAAAACUCGUUCAAGAUGCCCUUUCAAGUAUCCACAUCUCUUCCUCUGCUGUCUCCCAUCAAGUGUCUUUCACCUACUCCCAUUCUGUGUCUAUGCAUCCUUCCCAUCCUAUAACUCCUCCCCAUCCUGUAUCUCCUCCCCGUCCUGUACCUAUCAAUCCUUCCCAUUCUGUUACUUCUCCCCAUCUUGUGUCAUUCAACUCUUCCCAUCCUGUAAAUCCUCCCCAUCUUGUGUCAUUCAACCCUUCCCAUCCUGUAAUUCCUCCCCAUUUUCCCAAUCAUGCUCCUCCAUUUGGAGUCUGUGGUGCCACCACAAAUCAGUGGGAAAGAAAGGAAGACACACCUAAACCAUCAGUUACCAUGUCUACUAAGAUCUCUUCUGAGUUGGCCAAGUUUGAAGUGUUCAAUUCUUUCUUCCCCUCCUCCCUGGAAUCCAUCAUCAAGGAGGUGGCUGAGGAGGUGUUGAUGGAAGUACACUCUGCUUUGACCAUUGCCAUUGCCUGCUUUGAUGAACUUGCAGAAGAAGCAGUGCUGUAUAGUGUGAGGGUAGGAGUGGAAGAAUUGCUCCAAGAAUCCUCUGCCUCUCAACAACUCACUGAAGAGCUCCUUCAAGAGACUCUUUUCCUUGAAACAUACCUUCUGUCUGGCUUCAUCCUCAUGACAGAAACAUCUAUCAGGGCAAAGAGCAGAGUGAUGGGAGAGAGAGCAGUAAAGAAGAGAUUUUGGCAGAGAUGGAGAGAGAGAACAGCAAAGAGGAGAAGUUGUACAUUAGCUUUUCCCUCUCAUCCCUCGUUGGACACUCUUAUGGACCAGUCCUCUGCUUGGCAUUCCAUCUCUCCCUGUCAAUCUCAGUCCUCUGCUACCAUGUCCUCUUCAUGGACUCGGAUCCUCGAUGCUCAGAUGGUGGCAGCUGAGAUCGAGAGAGAGUUGUCAAAAAGGGCAUUCGACAUGCAGGCAUUGUUGAGAGCCAGUGGGAGGUGUGAGUCAUCUCCUUGGAAGCUUCUCCUCUCGUUCUACCCAUCUCAGAGCAUGGCACGAGACUGGAUCUCUCACAAGAUGCCCCAUCCCCAUUUGGUGAUUAUUCCUCUUGUGAGAUUCACUGUGAGUGUGUUGGUCAAGUUGACCAUCAGUUGUUCCAUCCUCCUGUUUCAGGCUAGCGGUCCUCAUUCCUUUGUCAUGGUGGAGUCUGUGGUGUGUGGAGAAGGAAGUGAGGGGACAGGUAUAGGGGCAUCUGCAUGGCUGUGGAUCCUUGAGGGUUGUUUGUCUGAGGAGGAAGUGAGAGAAUGCCAAAGACACCUGGAGACUGUUUUGACCUGUGGGGACAUCCCCAUCCCCAUUCCCAUCCUACUUUUCCUCUUUCCUUCAUCCUCUAAUGACUCCCGUGUCUUGGUAUCCCAAUUCCCAUUUCAACAAAUGGUGGAGAAGGGGCUAAUCUCUGUCUUCUGUGUUGCCCCCAUUUAUCAUCAUCUUGAUUCUCUCCAGGCUUCUCUCCAGGUGAAAGAUCACUUGAUUUGGCUGAUCUCAUCCAGUCCAUGCACAAUCCAGUCUCUGGGCAUCAUGAGAUUCUCCCUCAACCAGUUCAUCGAAACUCUCCUUUCUGCCUUCUUUUCAGCUCUUUCAUCUUCUCCUGCAAAUGUGAUGUCGGAAAUGCUGUCCCAGAAGUACAAUGAAUACUUGGAGAGAGUGAAACAAGCAGUGGAAUCCUCAACCAAGUCCUUAUUGCACCUCUCUUGGCCCAUCCCAGAAUUGUGUGAUUCAGCUUCUCCGUGGAAGCAUCCAAAUUACACAUGUCUCCUCAACCAGGUCCUGGAUGGAUUAAAGGUGAAGGAAAAAUGGGCAGGGGAGUGUGAGGGGACAGAAGCAUUCAUGGAGGGAGUAUGGCAAGGACUGGAGAGCACACAGAUUACCAAGGAUAACAGUAUUGACUGCAUUGCCAUCUUGGAAGAAGAUUUCCUUGCCCUCAUGAGUGACAUCCUCAGAAGACCCUUUGUGCAUUCUAUGGAUUCUGACUCAGAUGAGACUGUUGCCAAGAGGAAAGAUGACAGAGAGAGACAUCAAGAUUGGAGAUGUGACUGGAGACAUCAAGACCUCUUACAAGAUAUCAGGAAUGAGUGCGAGUCAAGUCUCCAGUUUGAACUGUACUUGAAUUCACUUCUUGAGAAAUGAUGAUGCAACUGUCACCUAAUGUGCUGAGUUGGAAAUGGAGAUGUGCUGCAUGGUACUGAAUGAAAGACAUACCACCAGGG